AUGGCAGGCAUUCCGGCCCAGGAAGUAAUAGUCCUCAUGAGUAGCGACGACGACGCUGCCGGUGACGCUGAUGAAGAUAGCUCCUGGUCUGACAACGCGGACGGACCAGACGGCAGCACAAGCGACUUGGAGGACUUGUUCCUGCCUGUGGAGCCGGCUGUCGGUGAUGAAGAUGAGGAGAGUAGCAGCAGCGGAGACGGCGACGUGCGGAUGGCAAGUCCAGGCGCGUUUGGGAUCGAUUCGAACCUGCAGACGUGCAUUGACGCGUCCGUAGUUACCGGGUCGCCGCCGGCGCAGACAACAGGCGGUCUAAACCCACCGCAAAUGCCCAAUCUCCCACGUCGUCAACCAUACGUGAUGGAUCAUUCGGCGGCAUCAUUGCCCGUGGCGGUCAACGUUCCGGUACCCGCGGCGUUUGCUUCUAUUGGCAUUCACCAGUCUGGUGAGCCAGUCUCCCAGCCGUAG